AUGCAGAAAGCUCAAAUGCUAUUGCUUAAAGCUCUAAUUGCUCAAACUCGAGUGACUGAGAGUCUUCUUAAUCUAAAGGAUUCGACUCCCCUAGCAUCUAAAGCGCGCAGCGACACAGCUGAUGCAGCUGUUAUUCAGUCCAUGGAUGCCAUUGCAUUCGUAGUCCGAGCCAAUCAUGAGCUAAAUCAACGGCGCCGGGAAUUAAUCAGGCCUGACCUAAAUGAACAGUACCGGAAAUUGUGUGCAGAACAUGUCCCAUGCACCACAGAAUUAUUUGGUGAUGACUUACCUAAAACAGUACAAGAUAUAUCAACUACAAACAGGGAAGCAGCAAUUACCUGGGUUGAUAAAAGAAGCAAACCAGUACAUUCAAAGCAAUUGGGAGCGCCUGUAAAACGUCAUCCAAUUAAUGCUGAUGGUAAUUGUUUAUUUCGAUCUUUAUCUUUAUCGAUCUUUAUAUUUAAUGUUUUAGUUAUGCCUACACGCCUACGCAUUGAUAAGGGUACUGAAACGGCGGAUAUGGCCACCAUGCACUCCUACCUUCUAUCAAAGCAUGAAAGUGAUGAAGAUUCAGCAGAUUGUGUCAUUUAUGGCCCAUCUACCGAAAACAAGAUAGAACGAUGGUGGAAAGAGUUACUAGAAAGACUGGAAACAUUUUUUAAAGACCAGUUAAGGAAGUUAUUAGAAGAUGGUGAUUAUGAACGAGAUAUUCCAAUACAUAGAAAUAUGCUGGCAUAUGUGUAUGUUCCAGUAGUUCAAAAAGAGUUAGACAUCUUUAGAAAAACAGUGUGGAAUUCUCACCGUGGAAGAAAGCAGCAAAAAAAACAACUUCCUUGUGGGGUUCCUGACCAUAUAUACUAUCACCCUGAGCAGUAUGGAGGUGAGCGAUGUGGCUACAUUGUCAGUGAAGAGCAUUUGGAAGAAGUUGCGAAGUUAUCUGGUGUUUUGGAAGACACAGAUGAUUUUCUGAAUGUACAAUUCCGAGCAAGUUGUGAAGAGCACAUCCCAAAUACUGAUGAAAUAAAGCCUGACCAAGCUGCAAAUGCAUACUUGUUCCUGAAGUCACCUUUAACAUAA